GCUUCCCUGCCCGAUCCAGGCAGAGAAUCCAGGCCAGGUUUUGUUGUCUGCCUUUAUGUGCAUCUUGUGUUCUCGCAGUGAAGUCUGCAGGCAAACACACGGAGCGAUGCAGGAGGACACUCCAGCCGCACAAGUGACGUCCUACCGCAUCCAGCCCGCAGUCAUCUCCAGGCACAGGCACCAUUCCACACACGAUAAGAGGAAUAUUCUCCACAUCAUCCAGUUGCUGCGUUGCCAAGGUGGAGAGAUGAACACACUCACAGGACAGAGGUGGCCGAAUUAAACACAGCCCGGCAAAGAUGAGACAAUAAAGCAGAGUGUGUGCAGACCUCCUGCAGCCUCACCAUGACAAUGAAGGGCCUGUCCAGCAGCCACAGUCACCAUCAUGCCAUUGUUUGUGACCCCUCCUAUGACUCCAUGACCCUGGGUCACUCGGAUCGUCAGCCCUACUACCUGAACCCAGGCGAGGCUCACCCUGCUGAGCGCCCAUGCUACACCCAGCGGAGCUCUUUCCAGUCUGAAUGCAGUGCCUACCCAGACCUGGCCAGCUGCACCUUCCCUCGCAGACAUUACAGCUCCCACCAUGAGCUGAAGGAGGAGUGUGGGCCUCUGGUGCCUUACACAGGGCCAACAGGAAGUGCUAAAGGCAAAAACAACAACAACCGGCUGUCUUCUAACCUGAUGGAACAGUUUGAUCACCAAGCUCCUGCACGGCGAGAAGGCUACCACACGCUGCAGUACAAGCAUGCGGCGGUAGAACACCAGCGCAGUGACAGUCCCGGGCGAAUCCGCCACCUUGUUCACUCUGUUCAGAAGCUUUUCACCAAGUCGCACUCCUUGGAGGGACCCUCAGGGUCUGGUACUACUGGGAGGAUGAAUGGUGGUAAAAACAGCCCAGAUGACCCACCUUCUUCAUCCGGAACCCUCAAACACAGCAAACGCAGCAAAAGCAAAGACCGAUCCAAGUCCGAGCCCAAGAUGCGUAGCGCCAUCUCUGGCUACUGGAGCUCAGACGACACCCUGGACCGGGAGGUGUGCCUGUACCACCAUCACAGCGGAGGACAGCCAUCAGGGGUCAUGACCAUGGGGCGACAUCCGGACAAGUCACAGUCACAGUACUUCAUGGAGUCCUACAACACCAUCAGCUCCCACUCCCUGAAGACAUCUCGUAGCAACAACGAUGUGAAGUGCUCAUCCUGCUCGGGGAGCGGCAAGGGAGGCCUCCCGCUGUUGGGCCCGCUCGAUGGCCAAGUCCAGCUCAAGAAGAGCUCGUGGUCUUCGACGUUGACGGUGAGCAGAGCAAGAGAGGUCUACCAGAAGGCCUCAGUCAACCUAGAUAACGCUCUAGUGAAAGCCGAGCAGGGACGCACCUGCCACUUCCUGCAGGUGCCUCAAGAUGACUGGAGCGGAUUCUCCCCGCUGGCCAAGGAUGAUGAGAUCCCAUGCCGAAGAAUGCGAAGUGGCAGCUACAUCAAGGCCAUGGCUGAGGAUGACAGUGGCGACUCAGACAGCAGUCCUAAACCUUCACCUAAGGUUCAAGCGCGACGGGCCAGCUACCUGAAGGCCACGCAGCCUUCGCUCACCGAGUUGACCACUCUUAAGAUCUCCACAGAGCACUCUCCCAAGCUGCAGAUCAGGAGUCACAGCUAUCUGCGGGCCGUCAGCGAGGUUUCUAUCAAUAGGAGUCUGGACAGCUUGGACCCGGCGGGGCUGCUGGCUUCGCCUAAAUUCCGUUCCCGCAAUGAGAGCUAUAUGAGAGCCAUGAGCACCAUCAGCCAGGUGAGCGAGGUGGAGGUGAACGGGCAGAUCGAGGCGGUGUGCGAGUCGGUGUUCAGUGAGAUGGAGUCACAAGCGGUGGACGCACUGGAUUUGCCCAUGCCUGGCUGCUUCCGCAUGCGCAGCCACAGCUACGUGCGCGCCAUCGAGAAAGGAUGCUCACAGGAGGAAGAGGAGGAGGAGGCGGCGGCGAGGGGAGGUGGCGCCGGGGCCAACCGCAAGGCUGGGUCGCCCCCACGUACCACCACCACUGUCAGAACUAUCCAGAGCAGCACAGUGUCGUCAUGCAUCACCACCUACAAGAAGACACCUCCCCCUGUUCCACCGCGGACCACCCCGUCCAAGCCCUUCAUCUCCAUUACGGCCCAAAGUAGCACAGAGUCGGCCCAGGAUGCCUACAUGGACGGCGGCGUGGGUCCUCGUAAGGGCAUGGGCUCUCAGCCGGGCCUAUCCAACUCCACUGAGAGCAUCGACAGCAUGAAGGCCCUGACAGCGGCCAUUGAGGCGGCCAACGCUCAGGUGCAUGGCCCCGCCAGUCAGCACGUCACCAACAGCACCGUCACCAACACCACCACAGUCACCACAGCCUCCACCAAGAGCAAGGCACAGAUGGAGGCGCUCCGCAAGUGCCUCUCCAUAGGGGUCCAGGUUGAGCCAGAGGAAGGUGGACAAACUCAGACGCAGUCCAAGUUCCACUCCAUAGGAAUUCAGGUGGAGGAUGAGCGAUGUCAGCGGCGUAUGACCCGAUCCAACAGCGUGACCACCGCUGUCCAGGCUGACCUGGACGACCCCACUGAUGGCCCACAGCUGCCCCCGCCUCGCCACUGUGCCACCAUGCCACGCCAGCACUCCCGCGAUGCUGCCACCUCCACAGUGCGAAUCCAAGGCUCAGGGAACCACUACCACGCUUGUGCUGCCGACGACUAUGGCGAGGCCGGCUUCGACCCCUCCAUCCUUCCCCCACCAGACCCCUGGAUGGACAGCGUGGCUGAGCCCGAGGCAGCGGCGGUGGCGGCGGAGGGCACGCUGGAGGCCUUCAGCCGCUCUGUGUGCCCUCGAGACGGACACUGGUUCCUCAAGCUGCUGCAGGCUGAGACGGAGCGCAUGGAGGGAUGGUGUUGCCAGAUGGAGCAGGAACUGACACACAACCAGCUUACUGACGACAUCCUGGGCAAGAUCCGCAGUGCAGUGGGGAGCGCCCAGCUGCUCAUGUCCCAGAAGUUCCAGCAGUUCCGAAAGCUGUGUGAGGAGAAUUUGAACCCCAAUGCGCACCCCCGGCCCGUCUCUCAGGACCUCGCCGGUUUUUGGGACAUGCUGCAGCUGUCCAUCGAGAACAUCAGCCUGAAGUUUGACGAACUUCACCAGCUCAAAGCCAACAACUGGAAGUCUCUGACUCCCCCAGACAUCCAGGAGAGACGGGCGCCCCCUCCUGUGCCAAAGAGACCCCAGAAAGGCCACGCCCCCUUGGCUAGGGACCGCUCGCUGGAGAGCUCCGAGCGCCAGCGCCUGGAGGCCCGCAAGCGUCUGCUGGCCGCCAAGCGGGCUGCCUCCGUGCGCCAAAGCUCUGCCACGGAGAGCGCGGACAGCAUCGAGAUUUACAUCCCUGAAGCGCAGACGCGACUAUGAGAUACACGUACACGUACACGUACACGUACACGUACACGUACACGUACACGUACACGUACACGUACAUACUACUGUAAGAGACACGCCGGUGACAGUGGUGGUCAACAAGAGAUGUAUAUUUGGGUUGUUAUCUAUUUAUUUAUUUAUUUACUGCCCACCCCGCCCUUCUCCCAGCUUUGAUGUAGCACCCCCACCUCCCUAAACACACAUGAUAAUGUACGCUCAUGUGAGAGAGUGAUGUGUGUGUGUGUGUUUGUGCUGGUCAGUUGUGAUGUUUAAGAAAUGACAAACAGGUUGACAACAGACAGGAGGACAGUGCCAAGAGCGUGGGGGGGGGGGGGUACACAAUCCUUCCAGUGUUUGCAAAAUGACACACAAGAUCAAAUUUGGCCCCCUACAGGUGUGCAGCUUUUAGGAAUCCACCACAAAGGCCACUUUGUCUGUGUGUGUGUGUGUGUGUGUGUGUGUGUGUGUGUGUGUGUGUGUGUGUGUGCGUGUGUGUGUGUGUGUGCGUGCGUGUGUGUGUCUUGACAUUCAUUCAUUCAUAAGUGCUUCCGAUCACACAUUAAAGGUGGAACACAACAUUAGGUACACCUACACUAAGUUAAAGUUUAUGAUGGCUAUGGUCAUGUGUUCCUAAUGUUGUGUCCAGUGAUUAAAGGACACGCAGACAAGUUAUUUCAACUUGAAUUGUUUACUUUAAUAAAAGUGCUUGUAAUUUUUUUUUUUUACAAAGCCACAGCUUUAUUGACAGUAUUAAGACAGGACGACAGGCCGGGGGUGCUGAAAGUCAUACAAAACACUUUUUUUAUUUCAUAUUUUUCCUUUGCCUCCUCACUGAGUGCAUAGUGACUUUUUCCAAAUCAUUUUUGUAUUUUUUAAUUCAUUUAUUGAAUAGGCGACUGUUUACCGACACACUGACUACAAGGCCCGUCUACUGUGUUUUUAUUUUUUAUUGUUUCAGCCUUAACUUUUAACAGUCGAGCACAACAGCGCUCUCAGGGGAAGAUGUGUGUGUGUGUGUGUGUGUGUUCAGUCUCUGCUGUUGCAUCACUUUGAUAAGAAAUAAAAAGUGUGCUAUCAUCUAGGCUAGAAGAUGUGGUAGGAUUUAGGCGGGGAAGCAAGGAGGUGUGUUAGGAAGGGGUGUCCCGACGUUUUCACUCCUGCUACAAUACCGAUAUUGAUCUGAUAUCAACAUGAAUCUUACAUGGCAUACUGUGGGAGUUUUCCGUGAGAUGCCGCAUCAUGAGAGUGAUGAGGUUGGCCGGAAGGCCGGAAUAAACCGUGCCAGUUCUGUGCCACUCCGGGAAACUUUUGCAUAAGUUUUGCACUCGGCCGCUAUGUGUUUUUACUGCCACACGGCUGACAUUACUCCUGCUCCUUGCUACUUCGUUAGCACGCUAGCUAACACUGUUGUUGUGAUCACAUGCGCUCUAUGCAGGUGCUGCUGCAUAUACGUACAUGCUUGGGUGGAGUCGGGAAUUGACUGUUAGUAAAGGUGUGCCAAUAUCGGAGAUAUGACAUGCAGGCUGACAUCUGAUAUUAUUUUGCUAAUAUCGGACGAUAUCCAAAAUCAAUACUGGAUCGGGACAUCCCUACCAGAAAACUAGAAGGUGUGCUAGGAUUCAGGCUAGGAGUCUCAAAGGUGUGCUAGGAUCUAGGCUAGGAGGCUUGGAAGUGUGCUACGUUUGAUGCGCUGAGGCGUGUUAGCAUCUAGCUAGCUGGGAGGUGUGCUAUAAUCGAGGCUAGUGGGAUAGGAGUUGUAGGGAGUGAACUAGAAUUAAGGCUAGGAGGUAUGCUUGGAAUUGUGCAAGAGGCUAGAGAGCUAGGAGGUGUGCUUGGAUCUAGGCCAGAGGCCAGAGGGCAAGGGAGGUAUGCCAGGAUUGAGGAUAGUUGACCAGCUAAUGUGUCAUUGUGCCAUUGGACGUCUGCCUGCCAAUCAGUGACUAUCUGAUAAAGUGAUGAUGUAAUUGUGCAAUUUGGCGCCAUUGCUCAUUUUUAGGUUUUUGAAUGGAUUUAUUUUACCAAUUUGGAUUGUGUGUGAGACAAUGAGUGGACACUGUGUUCCUGUUCCUAAUAAUAAGAACAUAUCAAGUCCUGGUGUAGCAGGGAGCUGUGAUGUUAUUCUAUGAAGACAUUUGUACAUAAAUGAAUGUUUCCCCGUGUAAAUGUAAAUGAACAAAGAUAACUUUUUGUAAGUCAUGUUUAAUGGAUUAAAUGGCAUUAAAACAAACCUUGUUGCCAUCAUUC